CAGGUGAUUAGUUUUCCAGUCCCACUCACUCAAACCUCUCCGUCCUCCUCCUCCUCCGGGCCGGGCUGCAACCUGCGACGCUGGCGCCGGUCGGCACGAGGUGUUCCACGAGUCGCUGCGCCCCCCACCGGCCACCACGGCGCGUGCCGGGAGCAGCGCAGCGGCGGCGGCCAUAAUGGGCGCCGCCGCCGCGGCCUUCGACUCCGAGUGCAAGAGGUUCGUUAAGUACCGUACCGUACUCUUCUCUUCUCCACUUGAAAUCCACGAUGCAUGAGGCAGGCGGCAGGACAGACGCGCGCCAUCGUCGUGCCGCGCGCCACGUGCUCCGCGCUAGUCUAGCGUCGAACGAAAAAUGGCCUUCUUUUUUUCUUUCCCUCCCUUCUUUCGGUCUCCUGCUCGCCGUCCCCAAUCUGCGCUGCCGAUUCUUCUUCUUCUUCUUCUUCACCAAUUCAAUUCAUCUUCGUCGCCUGGGGCACACCCCUCGGGCGCCGCGGCAGCAGGGGGUGCGGUGCAGUUAGCGCCAGCGCGCGUGGCUCCAACCGGACUUGCCGCGAUCCGUUGCAAUCCUGAUUCCCUUCCUCUCCAGAAUUCAUCCUCCCAUGUGCGUGGAUCUCGGGGCCCGCGCGGGCUAGGGUUUAGUAUGGCUUUGGUCAAUCCAUGGCGUGCGCUGCCGAGGUCGUCCUGUCGCUUCUUCUUUAAUGCGCGCUGAUCCCCAUGGACUCCGAGUCCCCACGGUAAAUCCCACACAAAGGCGGGUUCCUUUGCCCAUUUCGCAUGCCUCCUCCUCUUCUCUCCAUCUCCUGCCGUAUCUUGUUCGGUUCCUUGUAUUCGUAUUGCCCCGGGGGUGCUAAUGCCGUUGUUGGGGUUCCCUCCGGGAGCUGUGGUUGAUGCUCCUGAGGUUUGGCGCAGGGACGCUUAUGGAUUCACGGUGCGGCCGCAGCAUCUGCAGCGUUUCCGCGAGUACGCCAAGAUUUACAAGGAAGAGGAGGAGGAGAGGGCGCACAGAUGGAGGGACUUCUUGGACAGGUGCAGGACAAACACAAGGGAAUAACGGCAUCGGAAUACAUUGUGAUGAUGAAGAAGUGGGAUCUGAGAACGCAGAAGAUAACAACAAAUUUGAAAGCCCGAAGGAAGCUGAUGCAAGUGGCGAAUCAAGGGAACCAAAUGGUAAGCCAGGAGAUCUGAAAGAUGUAACUAAGUUGGACAAAGUGCAAGAGGAGACUGGUAGCAGCUCUACGCAAGCAAUCAAAGACUUAGAGGGCUUGAUGGAAGCAAGCGGGGACUUUGAAGAACUAAGAGAUUUGAAUGGAAUCCCAGAAGAAUUGGAAGAAGAGAAUAAUGGCAACUUGGAAAAGCUGGUAGAACUCUUCUUGGAUAAGGGGUUGUUGGAUGAACUGAAGCCCAUAAAAGUUGAGUCCCAGUGGCGGGUGCGUGCAGCGCUUAGCAUCAUUGACAAAAUGAUGAGCUCUCGGGUAGUGAAGGGUGGUAAUGGUGCAAACGAUAUUCAUCGAAAGGAUGGACCACAGCUUACUUCUAUUGAAGAGGAAGGAAUGACUGCAGAAGUGAGUCACGACGGAUAUCCAGCUGAGGUUGAGGAGUCUUGUGUUGCAGAGAAGGUGGAACUUGGACAGGAGACAACUGAUGAUUCUACAGGUACUGCUUUGGAUAGAGACAAUGAUGGGUCGUAUUUUCUUUGGAGGGAGGAGCUUGAGAGCUUGGUUCGUGGAGGUGUGCCAAUGGCUCUUAGAGGAGAGAUAUGGCAAGCAUUUGCAGGUGUUAGUGCUCGGAGGAUUACUGGGUACUACAACAAUUUGCUUGAUGACAGGACUGCGAUAUUGGAUGAAAAGGAUCCCGUGGACCCAGUGGUCAAUGAACAGAGAAGUGCACCGAGAAAAGCUACACAGCCUGAGAAGUGGAAAGGACAGAUAGAAAAGGAUUUGCCACGAACAUUUCCAGGACACCCUGCAUUAGAUGAGGAUGGGAGGAAUGCUUUGAGGCGGUUAUUAACCGCAUAUGCAAGGCAUAAUCCAUCAGUUGGGUAUUGCCAGGCCAUGAACUUUUUUGCUGGGUUAUUUUUGUUAUUCAUGCCUGAAGAAAAUGCAUUUUGGGCUUUAGUAGGGGUUAUUGAUGAUUAUUUUGAUGGAUACUACACUGAAGAAAUGAUUGAAUCACAGGUUGACCAACUCGUCCUUGAGGAGGUUGUACGAGAAAGGUUCCCUAAAUUGGCCAAACAUAUGGAUUUCUUGGAAGUUCAAGUGGGAUGGGUGACUGGACCAUGGUUCCUUUCUAUUUUCGUCAAUAUGCUUCCAUGGGAAAGUGUACUCCGUGUUUGGGAUGUCAUCCUUUUUGAAGGAAAUCGUAGAAUGUUGUUCAGGACGACGCUUGCUUUGCUGGAUUUAUAUGGGCCUGCACUUGUGACCACAAAAGAUGCCGGAGAUGCAAUUACACUACUGCAAUCUCUUGCUGGGUCUACUUUUGACAGCAGCCAGCUUGUAUUGACAGCUUGUAUGGGCUUUCAAUCAGUUGGAGAAAUGGGAUUGCAAGAGUUAAGGAAAAAACACAGGCCAGAAAUUUUAACUGCAAUGGAAGAAAGAUCGAAAGACCGUGGCUCCUGGAAAGAUAAGAAGGGGUUAGCAACCAAACUUUACAGCUUUAAACAUGAUCCUUCAUUCGUGUGCUCACCAGUUAAGUCCAAGGAGGGGCUAGAUGGUUCAAAGGUGAAUGGAGAGACUGGGCCAGCAAAUCUUAAGACCUACCUUAGUACUAGUUCUAUACUGGAUACUGAUUUGGAUCAGGGUGUUGAUCUUCAAGAUCAGGUGUCAUGGCUAAAGAUUGAACUAUGCAAGCUGCUCGAGGAGAAAAGAUCAGCUGAUCUCAGGGGCGAGGAAUUGGAAACUGCUUUGAUGGAGAUGGUCAAGCAUGACAACAGACGUAUGUUGAGUGCUAAGGUUGAGAAGCUGGAAGCAGAGGUAUAUGAACUGCGAAAAGUUUUUUCAUACAAGCAAGAGCAAGAGCAAAUAACGCUUCAGAUCUUGUUAAGAAUGGAGCAAGAACAGAAAGUGGCAGAAGAUGCCCGCAUAGUCGCUGAGCGAGAUGCUGCUGAACAAACAUGCGCUGCCCAUUUGCUUCAGGAGAAGUAUGAAGCUACAAUGGCAGCACUUUCACAAAUGGAGAAGAGAGCUGUAAUGGCAGAAACAAUGCUGGAAGCUACAAAGCAAUACCAGGCUGGGCAGGUUAAAGCCAACCAAUCUUUCACUUCAAGUUCACCUCGUGCAGAACAUGUUCUUGGGAAGAUAAAUCAAGAACCAAACCAAGAUAUGUCUAACAGGAGAAUCGGCCUGCUUUCUAGGGGACUUGGAUGGCUUGACAAGAGCAAGCAGGGAAGGCAAAAUUCCACUGAAACAUCUGGAGGCUAAACUCAUCUAGAGUUCAGGAUGAAGUCAUAGCUCCCAACAAGAUCUGGAUUGUUCAUUGAUGCUUGGAUUGCCUGAUCACGAUAAGAAUGUGUUGAAAUCAGCAGCUAUGUUUUCUCGGGGAGAUUCAGCUGGCAUUUUCCAUGAAGUUUUGCAGGAAGUGUAUCUUGUACCAUAUUGAGCUCAGUUGUCGGAUAAAGUUUUGUUGGUAGGUCAGAAAGGCUGCUGCAAGUCAUCGGUGUAAAUUUUCUUUUAUUAGUUUCAUUAAGGUCGUCAAUAGUCAGUGUUUCCAAGUAGGAGAAAGAAAAGAACCCAACUUCAUAUACACAUGGAAAGAGGAAAAAUUGUGUUAGAUUAGUUACAGUAUCAUGGGGUUGUUUUGUUGAAGAGCGUAUAUCUCUUCCGAAAUGUCUGAACCACUGAAGAGAUUAUCUCUGUUUUUUUUUUCUUUUGAGACAUGUGGCUCUAACAUAUUCUUCAGUUACUGUUGACAUGCCUGAUGUACGAAAAUUAUUGUCAAAAGGAUCUGAUUACGAAUCCAA